GCUCAUCCGGGGCACCUGUGGGCUUACCUGGGGCACACCUGGGCGCCCACUUACCUGUGCCCACCUGGCCAGGGGCAGUGCCAGUGGCGGCAGCCGCCGGGGCGGGAGAUUUACCGCAAGAGCAACAUCUCCGUCUACGAGGUGGACGGGAAGGACCACAAGAUCUACUGCCAGAACCUGUGCCUGCUGGCCAAGCUCUUCCUGGACCACAAGACCCUUUACUUCGACGUGGAGCCCUUCGUGUUCUACCUGCUCACCGAGGUGGAUCGGCACGGCGCCCACAUCGUGGGCUACUUCUCCAAGGAGAAGGAGUCCCCGGACGGGAACAACGUCGCCUGCAUCCUGACGCUGCCCCCGUACCAGCGCCGGGGUUAUGGGAAGUUCCUCAUCGCCUUCAGCUAUGAGCUGUCCAAGCUGGAGAGCACCGUGGGCUCCCCUGGAGGGAUUUGGGGGGGAUCUCUGGAAUUUUUGGGAUCUUUGAGGUAUUUUUUGGGUCCCAGGGUGUUUUUGGGGUCCCUGAGG